GCGCAAUCUAGACAAUCUAACAAAUAUAAUCUUCGAUUCCAAAUAUAAGUUUUGGUUGUUCUAAUUUUUCCAAGUAAAGAUGCGACAAGUGUCGAAAACCUAUUUUUCCAAUCCCAGCAUAUUACCGGGAAUGUUACCUGCAAAAUUCCAAGUUUGCCAAUAACGAGAGCAGUAUUUAUCGAUAGCACGUGGCAUCAAACUAAUUCAAUUUACAAAGAUAAGAGAUUACACAGUUUACCAUGUAUAGUACUCAAAUCCCGAAUCUCCCAGUUCUGGCGACAUCAGAAGAAGAGCCCGCGUUGGUAUUUGGCAACUAUCGAAGCAAUUCACCAAUUUUUAAUGGAAUUACAUGAGUGUGCCUAUGGCAAAAUCGAUAACUACGCUUUAAAAGAGACAGAUCUCUCAACCAAAGAAUAUUGUGGACAGUAUGACAAUUUAUUAUAUUUCUUCAAGUACAUGUACGAAAAAAUUCACACAAUUUAUGACCACAAUCACUUAUGGGCUUACAAGAGGCCUUUGAUUUAAUUUAAUAAUGAAAAUAAAAAAGACCAAUAUUUAAAUUCAUUAAUCAUUAGCUGAAUCAUCUUCCAUUUUUUAUUUUUUAUUCUCUUCUGCAUAUAACUCCAACGUACUUUAAACUCUACAAUAAAUUUUCGUGAAAAUCCGUUUAUACAUCGUCAUUUCUGCAUUUCGUCAUUUAAUUUUCACGAAAAAACUAAAUGUUCGCAUCUCAUUGUCACAAACAUUGUAUUUUCAAUGUUUUUUAAAUUAAUUUAUCAUCAACAAUGUGAUGCAAACACGCUAUUUUAUUUCUUUAUAAUAACUAAACAGUAUUUUUGUCGACCACGGGGAGAUGGCCAGGCGCCCAGCACCCAGAAGAAGUGAGGCAGUCGUCCAUUUAAUUUUAUACAUAAAAAAUGUCCCCAUUCUUCCCUACCCAUCGUGGUAGUAAUAGGAUUCACGUUAUUUUUAUUCUAGAACUUUUGUUCACAAGAAAAUUCUUGAACAAUCAAUCAAAAAUAUACGCAACAUCAAAAGACAUCAACUAUUUAUGUUAUACCAAUGUCAUGCAACACAAUUAAUAUGAUUUCAGUAGAACUACCCAACUGUAUUGAUAAAUCCACUGUCUAUAUAAGUCUUCUUCAUGCAUUAAAAAUAAUUAGUAAUCAACUAUUGACAACCAUCGAAGUAACACGGCCAAGGAAGAAAUACACACCAUUAUGGGUAACAAUAAUGAGAAAAGAUGUUUCUAAUUGAUUUUCGUUAUUCAACUUGAUUGAACCAUUAGUUCUAAAAUAACUCAUAUAAUUUCUCGCAUUUCUCAUCUUCAUUCUAUCGAGCACAGAAAAGAUCUUGAGACAUUAAGAUGCGCUUACAAAUUAUCGUACAUGCACGUAUUUCCCUCCUUAGCUGAAACAUUUUAAGAGGAAAACAUCACACUACAUACUCAUAUGGAUUGCAGCCAAGACUUGCCUUUUAAUUUCCUGUUUUGUCUACAGAAAUUAUUACUUAUGCUUUUAUUAAUAUAUUUUAAGGAAGGAGGAACAUAAAAAAUUACAAUCCAUCGAACAGUUAUUCCUGCUAGUCAUGAAAUGUGCUCUUUUCCUCACCUAAAAUAAAAUAUAACUAUUAUUCGGUAAAAAAAAAUCCAUAGAUUUUUGCAAUCCUUUUGUCUCUGAGAAUGUUUAGAAUAUAAUAUGUAAAGCACACCUAUGCCUUAUUAGUUGUUAGCAGUGCGCAUUUGGAUGUUCGUGGUACGGAUUUGCGACAAUUUAAUAAUUCUGACCAAUGGUUAAUAGGCCUCUGUGUUUGUUCUUACGUCGAGCCGUAAUGCUUUGCAUAAUUACAAUACUGUGUUUACAUUUACUACAGUGAAACCGCGCUCAGUUAUUUAUAUUUCUUUUCCUUUUUAAUAGCCUAUAACUCGCCCAUGCGGAAUGAAUAUACAUUCAUGUUACUUUAUAUUAUCAGAUACUCUUGCCGUAUUGUUUAUUUUUCCUAAUAGAAAAAUAUGGAUACGCUUUUUGGCACAGCUACGUUAAGAAUGCAACUUCAAUGUUUAAAGAAAGAUAAAUCGAUAUAAAGUUUUCUCUGCAAUAAUAAGUAGAUAAAUUGUAUCAUUUCAUUCUUUCAACAAAUUCAGAAUGUUAAUUAUUAAUAUGUUAAUAUAGCAUGAAUUUAGAUUGUUGGAAUGGUGUAACCAAGGAGGACAACAAAAAGUAUCAUGAUACCUUUUAAUGGUACAAAGAAGGAGAAAUACUGUAAAAAUUAAACUUUGGUCCGAUCCGACUAUUUUCAAUCCGUAAUCCAUCAUUUCAUCAAACUCAGGAAUUAAGGCUUCAACCGAUAGUUAAAUGAAAAUUUGUUAAACGUUUUUAUUUUAGUUAACAGUUGAAAGUUGCAUUACAUUGUAAAACUUAUCUAGAAUUUUUUUCAUGGUUUUUCUAUUUUAAAUUGCUAUUCAAUUUUUCAGAAACCCCAAUAAACAGAGAGUAACACAUGAUCUACUAUGACAGAUGAUUACUAUGAAAAUUAGAGAAGGAUGAACUUGAAAUUUUGAGACAAUUACAUAUAAGUAACUGAUGCAAAAAGGCUUUUCCAACAUUAAAAAAAUAUUUCUGUGAUUUUCUAUAUUGAAGUUUCGGAGUAGAAGAAUGUCGUGAGUUUAUGGCAAGCAGAGGAGUCCAUCAACGGUCAAUUAUAACAAUAGCACGUGGUGCUACCAGUCCAUAAUACUUCUAUCGUUGGAUCACAUGAACCAUUAUCGUUAAUAAGUCCAACAAUUCUAAACUAUUUGAUUGGAGCGAGGUUAGAGUCGCGGUUUUCUCGAGUCUAUUGAUUGAUAUCAAUUUAAGCAUAGCUAACGAUAAUUAUCGCAUCGAUAAAUUUCAGAUAAAAAUGACGAUUGAUUAGGACAAAUUCUUAUAAUUUUACGUCACGACUAAUCAUAAUUUCAUGACAGUGACAGUGUAAUAAAAAAAACAGCAACAAAAUUUUGAUAUUUUUGCCGGAUCGGUCGUUCAGGAAGUGUUAUCAGAAAAAUUAACGAUUUCAUGCCCCUCAUUCUCAUGAUAACCAUUGACACGAAGUAACUCUUCAUAGUAAAUCAUGCACGUUCUAAUCUUGUUUUAGGAGAAUUAGAAAGCUUCAUGUUAAAAAAGUUGCGAAGAAAAUUUUGUUCCAUCAAUUUUCAACCAAAACAAAAACGAAAAUUAUUCAUUUUUGUAGGAGGAGGAUAAAAUUAGUUAAGGGAGAUCUGAAAUCUUCCAGAAACCUACGAUGUAAAUGACCUCUCCAUUUCACUUUUUCUUUCCCUACCGAGGUAUAUUAAACUCCAACAAGACAAAAACACGUCGUCAAAACCUUCUAAUUUUUUUUGGUUUUCUUUUUUAUGAAAAUAUUCAUAUUAUGGGGCUCUCUGCAGUAUACUGUAAAACCAAACAACAAAAGUUACAUAAAAAAUUGAUGAAAAGCUAUGGAGAUACCGUUCGUAAAAUGAUUACACUCGAUUUUGAAUAAAUUAACUGUCGACGUCAUCGUCAAUAUCAUCAAUGCGAACAGAUAAAGAAGCCAAGUACUUCGAAAUGAAUUACUUUGGCAUAACAUUAAUCGCAUAAUCUAUUUUUGUAUUGGGAGGAUAUGGAGCUAUUAUUUCACAAUUUAAGCAACAGUGCAAUACUACGAUUAAGGCGCAGAUAGACUAUCUAUCGAACUUCAUUUUUUGUUUAAAUUGUAUCUUUUUAGCCUGAAAUUUAUUACAAUUUGGGAUCAAUUUGUGUUGCAGGAAGCACUUGAAGGGUCAUUAAAAAAUCAUUU